CUUCCUGCCCGCUUCUUUUCCAGACUCUCGCUCUCGUCAUUGCAAAUCACGCCACUCUCUUCCUCCUCAUCCUCUUCACUAUACACGCCCGAGCGCUUGCUUCACGUCGGCCUCGUGGGGAGAAGUACGCUUCGACCGCGACAAGUAUCAACACCGCCCCAUACGCGCUGCAUCUGAUACACUUUGCCCUUGUUGUGGCUCCUGACAGCUAGCUGUUGUGCUCCACCGCGUCUGGUCUCGCCGCUGGCACCACUGCUCGUUCGCCACCCACCGUCCGACUCGCCAUCGAGCCAGUGAUUAUGCACCGAGCUCGACAGUAGUGCUUUCAGUCGACAGAUAGCCGUUGGAACAGUUCUGCAAUCCGAAGGACAACAGCCCCGCAACAAUCGCGAGCCUCACUAUGGCGGACUCUACACUCCCCACAAGCAACGAAAGAGCGCUCUCGAGCAGCCCUUCGAGCAUCAGCCCAGAUUCCUCUGCUCUGUCUCUGCAAUCUUCCUUUAGGCUAGAGUCUGGUUUUCCGGGUCAUGGCUCAGACAGCGAAAAGCACCCCAAGGGAAAGCGGAAGAGGACGACAUCGCAUGACAAGACGAUCCUCGAGACAUCCUACCUCGCGAACCCUAAACCCGACAAGGCUGCACGCCUGGAGAUUGUGCGGCAGGUCUCGCUGAACGAGAAAGAAGUACAGAUCUGGUUCCAAAACAGGCGCCAAAAUGAUCGCCGGAAGUCUCGGCCGUUGUCGGCAGAGGAGAUUGCGGCUCUGCGGUACGGCGGUGCCGUCCAGAUCUUGUCGGCAGACUCGUCUUUUGCAGUCAGCGAUAUUGCCGAUCAGCCCUCGGCAUCUUCAUUCGAUCUGCGCCAAAGCUCGACAUCCCCACAACAGCAACCCAUCAGCGCGGAGGUCGGAACCCCGCCAUCCUCCUCCUCUCCAAGACCAGCCGAGCCAGUCUGCACUCCCGCCCCAGAGUCAACCGUGAAGGCGGCAGCUCAGCCGUUCGAUCUGAACUCUCUCCCGUCCUCAUCUCAGAAGUCCGAGCCGGAGCGGGUACCUGAAACCCAGUCUCAGUCCUUCUCAACGUCAGUAGGGUAUCUGUCGAAUCGCUGGAACAUGAGCAAUUCGUUCUCCACGCCGUCGGCGGCCGCCCACCGUGAUGAUGAUGAGCAUCGGUUUGAAUCAAUGCCUUCUUCAGCAGAGUCGACGCACCGUCUCUCCACCUCUUCACUUUUUGCCAGCCAGACUUCUUCACAAUUUCGCUUGUCACUAUCGUUGGAAGGCAAGGCAGAGCUUGUUUCGUCCCAACCCUCCCCGCCGCGGCCCUCCAUCUCGCCGAUGCCACAAGAUACAACGCCCUUGCCACCAGUCCGCUUAAAUCGGACUUUGCAGAGAAGCCGGAGCUCACCUCUGGGUGUAACUCUCCCUCCAAUUUCAACACUCACAGCCCACCUUCCGCCGCAGCUCAGUCGAGGCCGGUCCCGGGACGUACACGCCUGGGAGUCGUGCUGUGACGCAGACAGCCGUGACGAGCUCACUAAAUUAGCCGAGAGCGAGUCCUCAGGCUCGGCUGUUGCCGCUAUCAGCCUUCUCCGAUCUAGCAGCAGCUCGGCAAGCCUGAGCAGCUUGGUACAAAAUUCAAGCGCACCUUUGUCAAGCAGCCCUGGCAACGGCGUUCUUCAGGCAAACUCCAACAAGCGAAAUGCGCCACCGAGCAACAGGACCCAUGGCCGCACUGGCUCUGGGCAUAAGAAACCCAAGAUCAGCCGAACGACCAGCAGUGUUGCUAUGAUGCAGACCUCGGCCUUGCAGCACCCCGACAAGGAGAACGACGGGCUGACACAAGAGGAACUUGAGCCGGAGAAGAAGGCUGCCGGCAAGGGAAGCCUCUCCGUGAUCUUGAGUCCGUCAGCUGAUAGCGACAAGGAGAACUGGAGCCCGGAUGAGGAGGGCAACCCAGCACACAGGAGAAGAGCCUUGCCAGAACUGUCGGCGGCCCCGAAGCUUCCCCCGGUUUUGGCAAGCAAAAACAUCCGACGAGCUGGGCGUGUUCUGGGCGAGCACCACUCUUUACUGAACAAGAGAGCGAACACAGCGCCAAUGCUAGGCAAGGGUGCCAACGGGAGCGGGAACCGCGACAAGGUCGACAUAUUCGAUGACAGCACAGCUGCCGGCGAGGAGGAAGAGCAAGAAAAUGCGGACAAGGAAGCUGCUGGCCCGCCGAAGAAGCGAAACGAGGUGGAACGUUUCAUGCGUGGAUCAGUCAGCCCGAGCAAGAAGGGCGACUUUGAUUGUAUAGCAGGCCUCUUGUCUUUAAGUCAAGGGGCCUGGCGGUGAUGAUGUACUGUUUCUGAUGAUAGCAGCGGUCUAGCAGAGAUCUUUGUGUUCUAAUAUGCCCACGAAUAACGACAAAAACUGGCAUUUCA